GUUCCUGAGUCGGGCCAGAGGAUUCAGCAGAUCCCGCUUCAAGACGUACACAAUGACCCGCUCCCCGCAGCUGGCCAGGUUCCUCGAGCUCCUUGACCUCCCUCUCAUAGCGACGCACCAGACACACGCGAUGCUCUCCACGGCCAUCGCGCGCCACUCCAUCUUCGCCAUCGACCACGCGCUCCGGACGCACCCCGAUGCGCAGUUCGUCAUUGUUCUGGAGGAAGAUGUGCAGGUGUCGCCGGAUUUCUUUGUCUUCCUGAACAAGACGGCCCCACUCCUGCUAGAAGACCCGAGCCUGUACUGCGUGUCCGCCCACAACGACAUUUCGUACCCACAGACGUCGUAUGACCCGCGGGCGGUUCUCCGCACAGAGAGCUACCCGAACUAUGGCUGGAUGGUGAAACGAAGCUUUGCAGAGGAGAUGGUCUCUUCUCUGUACGCCAUCGACGAGGAAUUCGACUGGGACGUGGUCACUUACUUCUAUCUGAGGCGUGGGCGUGAGUGCAUCAUCCCGGAGGUGUCUCGCUCGUUUCACUUCGCUCACGACGGCUCGCACAUAUCCCAGGUCUCCGUCAGGAGGUAUUUCUCAAAUAAAAACCUUAACGAGGACCCAGAGGCAUUCGUGGAAGGGGUGGACCUACUGUACAAAGACAAAUACGAAGCCACUCUCGUCUCAAUGCUGGAAAGGGCAAAGUUCCUGCUGCUUCCAGAGGAGACGCCUUGCCAACGAGAUUUCUUCAGGAAAAUCAGUGUUCGAGAGAAUGAUGUCCUUGUCCUGUUCUUUCAGCUGGAUGAAGAUAUUAAAGGAUUUAGAAACAACGUUGUAUGGGAGACACUAGCUCAUUGCUUGAAUAUUUUUGGCAUCGAGUCUAGGGAAGGUCACCAAGGACUGUACAGGCUGAGGUACGGCCCUGCUCAUUUCCUGCUUGUGGCCUACCCCGCUUCACCUUACAGUUACUACAAGCCCGCGGAAGUGAGCGUCUUCAGCGCCUCGCCCGAAGAAGUCCUUUUCGCUCGCAACGCCACGGCCAUCCACGAAGAACUCAACCCGCUGCCUCAUGAUAUGCACCAUUUCUUAGAAACGGAUAUACCUUUUAAUCGCAAUAAAACCUGAGGAUCGGAAUUUGUGAAUGACUUGAGACCUUUAUAUAAAUAUAUAGUUCAUUUGUAUUUAUAUUGUU